UCCUCCUCCUCCUCCUCCUUCACACCAGGAUGGAUCAGCCCUGCUAACAGCCGCACAAGUCUACUCCAGCAGCUGACAAGUUGGAGUUUGAUUUAUUUUUUUGGUUGAAGCUGAGGCAAACGUUCUUUCCCCCCCAAACAUCUGACAACAUCUCCUUUCAUCAAACAGGCAGCGGGGAAACCAGAAACAUGUCAGCAACAGGAGUAGACCCGCGCUUUGUGCUCCUGUUCUGCUUUUUCUCCUCCGCGGCGAGCGAUGCGUUCGCGUUCACUGAGGAGCCGUCCGACAGAGCCGUGAAGGCGGACAGCUACUGCAGCCGGAUCCUCCGGGCUCAGAGCAACCGGAAGGAGACCAACAACGAGUUUCGGCUCCGCGUUGAGGGAGACCCGGAGAGCUACCAGCCCGGGAGCACCUACAGAGUGAGUCUGACUGCAUCUACCCCAUCCUACUUCAGAGGGUUUACCCUUAUUGCUCUAAAGGAGGGUGCAGAGGGAGACAAGGAUGACGACUAUACUGGAAAUUUCCAGAUCAUCGAUGAGGAAGAAACACAGUUUAUGACUAACUGUCCUCCAGCAGUGACAGAGAGCACUCCUCGCAGGAGAACCAGUAUUCAGGUGUUUUGGACGGCACCCCCUAGUGGCACCGGCUGUGUUCUUCUAAAGGCAAGCAUUGUGCAGAAAAGGAUAAUUUAUUUCCAGGAUGAAGGUGCACUCACAAAACGAAUGUGUGAGAAAGAAUCCUUGUAUGGAGAAGGCACAGAUAAACCUCUGCUGGACUGUUGUGCUUGUGGGACGGCGAAGUAUAGAGUUACAUUUUAUGGAAACUGGUCAGARAAGAUUCAUCCCAAAGACUAUCCCCGUCGUGCCAAUCACUGGUCAGCUCUCAUUGGAUCCUCCCACUCAAAAAAAUAUGUGCUGUGGGAAUAUGGAGGCAUUUCCAGUGAUGGAGUUAAACAAGUAGCUGAGCUGGGCUCCCCGGUUAAGAUGGAGGAGGAGAUCAGACAGAAGGGUGAUGAUGUUCUAACAGUCAUCAAAAUGAAAGCUCAGUGGCCAGCYUGGCAGCCCUCAAAUGUGCGUGCUGCCCCMUCAGCCGAGUUCUCUGUUGACCGAACUCGCCACCUCAUGUCCUUUUUGACCAUGAUGGGACCCAGUCCAGACUGGAACGUGGGCCUGUCAGCAGAGGACUUGUGUACCAAAGAGUGUGGUUGGGCCCAAAAAGUGGUCCAGGACYUAAUCCCAUGGGAUGCUGGUACUGACAGUGGGGUGUCGUAUGAGUCUCCCAACAAACCUACGKUGCCCCAGGACAAGAUCCGUCCCUUGACCAGUCUGGAUCAUCCUCAAAGCCCGUUUUAUGAUCCGGAGGGAGGUGCCAUUACUCCUGUGGCAAGGGUUGUGGUGGAACGCAUUGCCAGAAAGGGUGAACAGUGCAACAUUGUGCCCGAUAAUGUAGAUGACAUUGUAGCAGACAUUGCCCAGGAGGAGAAGGAAGAAGAUGAUACUCCUGAAACAUGCAUCUACUCCAACUGGUCUCCGUGGUCUGCUUGCAGCUCGGCCACUUGUGAAAAGGGUAGACGGAUGAGGCAGAGGAUGCUGAAAGCCCAGUUGGACCUGAGUGUUCCCUGUCCACACACUCAGGACUUUGAGCCAUGCAUGGGACCUGGAUGCAGUGAUGAAGGUUCUUCCACCUGCAUGAUGUCAGAGUGGAUUACGUGGUCUCCGUGCAGCAUGUCCUGUGGGGCAGGCACACGUUCCCGGGAACGUUACGUGAAACAGUUCCCCGAUGAUGGCUCUGUGUGUACUGUGCCCACACAAGAAACGGAGGGCUGUGUGGUUAACGAGGACUGCUUGCCCAGCAGUUGCCUGGUUACAGAGUGGGGUGAAUGGGACACGUGUAGUGCUACUUGUGGUCUUGGCAUGAAGAGGAGAGAGCGCUUGGUGAAGAUGCCUCCUGCCGAUGGCUCCAUUUGUGGAGCAGAGGUUCUGCAAGUGGAGAAGUGCAUGAUGCCAGAUUGUCAUACAAUCCCAUGCCUGCUGACCCCGUGGUCAGAGUGGAGUGACUGCAGCGUGACAUGCGGGAAGGGUCUGAGGACACGACAGCGCAUGUUCAAAUCUCCUGCAGAGCUGGGAGAGUGUACUGAAGAGGUAGAACAGGUGGAGAAGUGUAUGCUGCCAGAGUGUCCCAUAGACUGUGACAUGUCAGAGUGGACCGAGUGGUCCGAGUGCAAUAARUCCUGUGGGAAAGGUCACACGAUUCGGACUCGCAUUGUGAUGAUGGAGCCCCAGUUYGGAGGAGACCCCUGUCCGGAAACUAUCCAGAGGAAGAAAUGUAAGAUUAGAAAGUGCAACCGAGGGCAAGGCAACGUUGAGGAGAAGAGACGACGCAAGGAGCAGCGUGAAAAACGGAGGAGCAAACAAGGCAGGGCUGAGGGGAACACCGAGCAUCCAGGGUGUAGAAUGAGACCGUGGUCAAGCUGGACAGAAUGUACCAAACUAUGUGGUGGAGGUAUUCAAGAACGACUCAUGUCAGUAAAGCAGAAGAUUAAGACUGUCCAGCUGUCCAGCUGCAAGGACAGGAAGGAGAUCCGAGCKUGCAAUGUCCACCCCUGCUAGGAAGUUGAGAGCGAACRGGGCGGCUGACAAGAGGAAGGCUGGAAAUUGAACUGACAGUGGGGACUGGGAACAGCAGAAGGAACACUGUUGCACAAUGACCCAAUGCACUCUGUUUAGGGCUGAAAUGACACAUUUUUAAAUUUUCAUGGGGCAAAUCCAGAGCUCAGGUCAAUUGUUAAAUGAAAAUGAACUACAUGAUCUCUUUAAAAAAAACUCUGGAUUCAAUUUUGGUUUAACCUGCUGUGCUUUUAAAUUAGCUCUGACACACAUGUAACUUUUUUUUUGCAACAUUACUGUAAACUUGUUGUGGUAUAUGUCUUGAGAAAUAUAAUUACGAAUGAUGAACUGAUAAAACAAAAAGAAAAAGAACUGUUAAUCUUGUGGUGUCCCUAAACAACCCAUUCUCACUCCCAAGUCGUCACAUAUUGACACUUUUCCAAGGUUCCCUCUGCGUCCAAUUUUGACGCGUCGGGUACCCCCCCUCACGUCAGUUAUUGACAAGAUGGGGCGGAAUACGCUGUCAUAAUAUCAGAAAAUGUAGAAAAUGCACCAAAACUACUGUCUUAAAGCCUAAAAUCACCUUUAUUCACUUUAGACAUGCUGUCCCUGACCCUAGUAUGUAAAAUUAACCAUUUUUAGAAAUUGUAGGAAAUUAAUGUGAACCACGUGUUCCAAAGCCUAAAAUUACAUAAYAUUCGCCCAAGACAUGCUAUCCCUGACCCCACUACCUAAAAUUAACCAUUAACCCUGAUCCCUAAAAUUAACCACAGACCCCAAGUCAAAGACCCCUAUAUUUUGCGUCUCAACGCAUCAAACCCGGACGCCAAGGGAACACGGAAACGCUUGGUACAUCAAAAMCUGAUGCGACAGGYGUACCUGAAGCGUCAAAAUAAGAYGCAGUGGGGACCUUGGAAAAGCGUCAAUAUGUGACGAGUCGGGACUGAGAAUGUGUUACCCUAAAUACAUAAGUAUAUUCCAGACUUUAAAGCACAGGGGCCCAAUGAUUCCAAUGUUUUAUAUGCCUCCAUUUGCUCAGUUGUUUGUAGGAAACAUCAUUUUGUUAUCUUUCUUUUUAAAGGCCACUAAAUUGUUGUCUAUAUACUUGCAUCAAGAUUGACAUUUUUAUGAUUUAGGACAUUGUUUUAAAGCAUUGUUUUUUUUAAUAAGAAUGUGUGAAGAUUCCUACCAAAGUCUUGUGUAGCUGUUUUCUAGAURUAUGUUUUUUUCUUUAUUGUUGUCCCUCUAACACAUUAAUAUUUUGAAAAAAAUAUUACCUUUACAAUAAAAGUAAAUGUGACAAGUUGUCACAUGGAUUUGUCUUUUUUUGUGGAGAUUACAAAGAAAUAAAGGUGGAUUUUGAUUCAUACUUUGGCUGCCACUAGAUGGUGAUAACAAGCUUAUAUCAUAUAUUGCUCAUUCCUGAGACUGUAACAUCUGAUUUUCUGCUGUCCAUGUAGAUA